GCCAUCUUUGUAAACAAGAUGAAGCGGGGAUCCUGAUGCGAGACUCCCUCUUCCUCGUUUCCUCGUUGUUUGUGCAGCCUUGUUCUCUUUUCCAGAUGGCAGAAAAGUGGGAUGACAGUGCGAACGAUUCGCCUGAAGUCGUCUAUGAAGGUUUCUCACCACCACCACCGCCACCUACUCAUCCUCAAGCGAUGAUUAACGCAGCUAGUAGUUCAUUUGUGUCAGCAGAUGGAAAUGAUGAUGGGACGCUCGGAGGUCAGCCUGGAGGAUAUAUGCCAACUGGGCCAAUGGUUGAGGAACAGGUCGUGACAUCCCACCAGCACCCCAUGCACGGAGAAGGCUCUCAUCAUGAGGAAAUUGAGCGGACACGGCUGUGCUUUGUGUGCUGCAAUCCAGUCUCUGACAAAAACUUUGAGUCAAUCAAAGCCUCCAUGAACCACUCCCAUGCCCCCCUCCUGGUCCUUCUCACAGAUGUCUUGGGAUACAAGCUGGAGGAUGGACGCUUGCAUUCACAGGUUGUAUGCAAAGCGUGCUAUCAUCUGCUUGACAUUAUAGAUGAGUUGCAGCAGACCUUAACAGAGUCAAAGACAGAUGUCAGAACAAAGUUUUUAGAAACUGUCCAGAAACUGAAACUGAAGUAUCCAAGGACAGAUAAGAUGCUAAAACCCAGAUGUCUGCGAUGCAUCCAGAUGUCUCAAACAUCUGCUAGGAAGCGGGGCAGAGGAAGAGGCUGGAAAUCUCGGUCUGAGGAUAUGAGUCGGGGGAGAGGAAGAGGGCGGGGAAGAGGUAGGGCGAGAUCACGUUCUGAAGAUGGUCAUGAUCCAGGGAGCGAUAAUGACAAUGAGGGCCAGGGAUUUUGCCAUGAAGAGAUAAGGCAAGAUGCAAUAUCAUCAAAGUCACACCAGCCUCAAACAUACCAAGAUAAUAGUAAGCCAGAUGGCUCACCUGUAUUGGAUCUCUCAGGUGCUCAACCCAAGUCUUCCCCAACAAGUGAUCGCUGUAUCUGGAACAGCAAAGAUGGGAAUAUGAACUGGAAUGACUUGAGCAACAGUCAGAUAACUGAUGAGCACAAUGUGUGUCUAGAUAAGGAAAGAGAUUGUAACUCUGUGCUUGGAGAAUCCUUUCAUUAUUGGAUAGGUCAUACCUCUGAGGUAGCCUUAAUGAAUACAGAAGUAGAAGAAUACACACAUAAAGAGUGUGAAUAUUGUGUAGAUAUAAACUAUUAUGAUUGUUUUUUGUGUAAACAUAGUGAUUCCAAGGUGUUUUAUCAAUACUGUGAAAACUGUCUAAUGUGCCAAGGGGUUUUUAUUCCAUGGGGUAAUAAUGUGAGUCUAGAUUUCAUAGGAGACAAGUGCUCCAUCUGGAAUAUCCAAGCAAGGGAUCAUUUCCAUGGGGAAAAGUUAGAUAUAGUAAGCUAUGGAUCUGUGUUGUUGGGCAAGGAGUGCAAAGUGGAAACAACUUUUGACAAGUUGCCAACACUAAAUGUCAUGGAGAAGAAUAGUGUUGCCAAGACACUCGAGGAGGAUUUGUUUAACUGUCCAGCUGAGACACAGACAGAUGUUCCUUUGUUGCUUCCUUGUCUCAGAAAUGAAUCACCUGUCAGUGAAUAUGAUCAGUCUUCAAUUAAAGAAGACAUACAUAACAUAAACGAUAAGAAGGAGAUAGGAGGUGGGGAUGAUAGAGAAGUGGAAGAUCUUCACAGUGACAAGUUGAAUGCUAUUACUAGAUCACCACCUACAUUACAUCAUGAUGAUGGGAGUGAACAUUUGAAUGUACAAAAUGAGAUGUUUACCAAAGACACUACCACUAUAGCAGAAACAGAUAAGAUAAAUUCAGCUAAUCUGAUCCCUUUAGCAAAAAACAAUUCUUCCAAUUCUCUGUUGAUGUCUGAAACUGAUGUAGUGGUUUCAGAGAACAAUGAUGAUGUCCCUGUAGAAAGUGUUACAUGCAUUAUGCAUGAGGUUGAUGAAAGCUCAGGUAUUGAUCAUUCAUAUAUUGAGGUUAGUGAGACAUUGAAUAUAGCUUCAGAGAUUCACACCAAAUAUAUGGAAAAUAAUUCAGAUGAAAUGCAGAAUCUUCUUGCAUCUCAGAGAGAGAAUGGACAGGAACAUCUCCCAGAAAAUAAAGUAGAAAGUGAGCUUGGGAAGAAGACACUCUCAGAUGUUUUCACAGACAUAGCCAUUCAGCCUUGUUUAGGGAAGAGAAAGAGAAAGCCCACCACCAAAGCCAAGGAUUUACUGGGAGAGGAUGAGCCAAGCCUCGGUGGCACGUCUUCUGCCAGAGCUGAGAAGAAAGUCAAAGGCUUCCAGUGUGAAAAUAGCAGCAAAGAGUUAGUGAAGAUUGAGGAACACUCCUCUAUUCAGUUGAAUGACAAGGGAAAGAAUAGAGAUUGCCGUUAUAUUUGUGAAUUUUGUGGCAAGAAGUUCAACAUCCAGGAGGUUUCAGGUAUCAUGUUGAUGGACAUGAAGCAUCAGUUGCCAGAGUCUUCACAUGUUAUAUUUGCUCAUACAAGACCAGGAGAAAGGCAGAUUUAAGAAAACACAUGGUCAUUCACACGGGUGAG